AUGGAGCGGAGGGAUAAGCAGAGACAGCAGCAGCCAGAGCCGCCUCAGGAAAGGCCGCUGCAGCACGUUUCAUCUGCUGGAGAACUUGCUUGUGGCCGUUCACCUGGCGAGCGUCAUGGUCCCGCGUCAGAGGCUUCUCCUUCGGCAGUAUCACCAACAGAAACCGGAGAAGAAGCAGCAAUGCCAGAGAAAUGCAACAGAGAGAUACUGCUACGCGACCGGCGUCAGCAGCAGGCGUUGUUGACGCCUCUUUCCGGUGACCCUAAGUGUCCUCUGCUUCGAGAUCUGCAGCAACAGGAGCUGGUGCGACAGCACACCUUUGAUGACACCAUCAGACCCAAGCAACUCUCCUCAGGGGCCCUUUCCCUCUUCUCGCGCGCGGCCUCAGAUGCCCAACACCCGACUGCACACGCAUCUGGGAGGUGGAGACAGGUAUCUCUCUCCAAGGCGGAAGAGGAGCUGCUUGCUGCGGGCCUCACCACAAUGGAAGACCUCAGCCCAGAACAGGCGGCUUCCAUUGCUGCAGAAAUGCGAGCCCACGCCAGGGAGCAGCAGCAGCUGAAGCAGCAGCUGCAGAUCAGCGGAGCCGUAAAGUCCGUUACACCAGCCGGGCUGCAUCCUCUGCACGUCGACGUGAACGUUGCUCCAGCUAGUGCUACUGCUGCUGCCUCUGGGAGGUGGGGGACGUCAGAUGGCUCCACUAGCCUCCGAGAAGUUCGUUCUGGGCAGCUGCAUGGGGAGACAUCAGAUGAUGAAGGAACAGCAAAGGAAGCAGCCUCGCGGAGCAUAGCCAACCAAGAUCAGCAACGCCAACAGCAGCAGCCGCAGCAGCAGCAUGAGGGCGAGUCCGAGGAGCAGACGUGUGAGCGGAUUGCAGCCUCGAUCCGUUUCCAGGCGGAGGCAGACCUCAACAAGCGCCGUGCAGAGAUGGCCGCUUUGCGAGAGGAUGCUGAACGUCAGCUGUUGUCUCUGCAGCUGCUGCCGCCUCAGCACGAGCGUUUGGCAUCGUUGCCUGCGUCGUUUAGAGAAGCUCUUUUUGGGGUGUUUGUGUGCCUCUGCUUGCGGCAUAUUGAAGAGUGUGAUGAAGACUUUCGGGGGGAAAUAACGACAUGGGCUUUGGGUCUCCUGGAUGCUCUAGCGUCUCCUCACUUGCUGCAUUUGGGAGCGCAUAUCGCCAACUGCCUCAGCAAGCCGAUUGCUUGGCGGGAACAGCUACAGAAAGAUGGAGUUCGGGCAAGCGACAUCGUUACAUUGGACCCGCUCAUUCACAAGAUGGAAGCGUUCUUCGCAGAGAAGCAGGCAGAGACAGAUGAGCUCUUCCGCAGCGUGCAGCUCCGCCUCAGGGCCAGCCGCUCGGCAGAGUCCCCCGCUGACGAUGCCCUGCGAGAGGCUCCUGACGCCCCCUGCAGCGGUAGCAGCGGUAGCAGUAGCAACACAAGUAGGAAUAAUAUCACGAAGGGGAGCCACUACACCGGUGUCACCGGUAGCACCACAAGCAGUAGCAGCAGCAGUAGCAGCACGGAGUACUCGCAUGGCCCGAACUGGGAGGAUGCAAGGCGCGGCUCCACCCUGGGGGUUGGAGGCUCUGCUGCUGAGGCGUCGCCUGAGCAGCGGCAACACGAACAGCAGCAGAUAGAGCAUCAGCAACCGGUAGGGGACACAGAUCCCAGAAUGCGCGCGCUGUUGCAGCCACCACCUACACAACCGGGAAUUAUGAAUGAACAGCAGCAGCAGCUGGACGAGUCGCAAGUGCAGCAGCAGGGGGACUUCUCCGCAGUGGAUGGCUGCAUGGAAACCCAUGCAGAGGUCAAGGGUGAGCCUUGCUGCCACAGAGCAGUCAACGCUGCAGCCGCUGCUGCAGAGGUGGCUGUAGAAGGCGAAAUUGGCAACAGCCAACAGCCCGGGGGCGAACAACGCACUGCAGGGGGAGCGGAUGGUGGAGGACUGAGAGGCCCUGCGCAGACGACAGUGCAAGGUACUGCUGCUAUAGCAGUGUACCAGGAGCACCAGAGACCGCAGGAGACGUUCGACGACCCGGCAAAGCCAUUAGCUAACUGGGAGGAGGGCCAGCAGGAGCAGCAGAAAACACGAGAGCAAAAACUGGAGCGGAACCAGGAAACACAGCCGCAGGAUGGGUCUCCAUCGGAGCAGCAGUUGCUGCAGCAGAAGCAGCUGCAGCAGGGCCAGGAGCUGCUGCGUAGGGGCGGCGGCUGCACACACGUUGGUGAGCAGCAAGUGACAGACGAAGAUGAAAGUGACGCCGAUGCGCCUUCCUAUGCGCGUGGCUCCCUACAGCAGCAGCAACAGGGUGAGGAUGAGGUGCAGGAGCAGCAGCACGGACAAGGAGACUCGUCUGAGGCAUGCAACUCGUCUGACGACGAACGAGGUUUGUUUGAAGGAGGGGCUGUUCCCUCAUCAUUGUCCAUGUGGGCGUCGGAACCGCCGGCAUACCGCGUGGUGUUCUUGAGGGAAUUGACGACUGCCUUGGUGACAAAUGGAACAUUCGAUGCAAGGAUACAAAUGCUCCUCGACAGAUUGGCAACAGAACUACGCAUCAACCCUUUGCUCCUCAUUCGUAUCGAAGAGAACCUCGCGGCCGACCUCUUGUCAAUACUGCAGGCAAAUACCAAGGAGGGCUCGAAGCAGAAGACGUGGAGGCGCCUCAAGAUAGCCGGUGCUGCGGUAGGCGGCGGAGUGCUGCUUGCACUGACUGCUGGAUUGGCUGCACCGGGGAUUGCUGCUGCUGUGGCGUCUCUUGGCUCACUUCCCCUCUCAGCAUUCCUGGCUUCGGCAGGGGGAAUGGCCGCACUCGUCUCGAUAUUUGGGGCAGGUGGUGCUGGCUUGACAGGGUGGAAAUACAGCCGACGUAUUGCCAAUAUAAAGAUAUUUGAGUUCCUGAUGCUGAACGGCCGCAGCCCUUCCUCCCUUCGAGUUGGGAUCGGUGUCAGCGGAUAUCUCAGGGACGACGACGAUGUCACCUUACCCUGGGUGUGUGUUACGGCAGCUGUUAGUACUGUUGUAGGAGCUUCUCCAAUUCGUUCUGCAGCUGCUUCUGUAGAUGGUACUUCGAUUGUAGUGACUGUCUGCUCUUUCCCCAACCCGCGCUGCGAUUUGCAUGCGCUGAAGUGGGAGCCCCACGUGUUGAAGGCGCUGGGUGGAAUGGACUUUGCCGUGAGCGCUUCAAAGUUCUAUCUGCAGUACACUGUCCUGGGAGGCCUCACAUUUGCCCUCUUCUGGCCCAUUGCCCUUAUUCAAUACGCCGCCGGCCUCGACAACACGUGGAUGCUCUGCCGAGAACGGGCGCAGCAGGCAGGCAACAUCCUGGCUGACGCCGUAUCCGACAAAGCUGCAGUGGGACAGAGACCCGUGACGCUCGCGGGGUAUAGUAUGGGGGCGCGUGUUAUAUUCUACUGUUUGCAGGCGCUGUGGAAGAAGCGUAAGUUCCACUGCGUACAUGACGUGGUCUUAAUGGGCCUACCGGCUUCUAUGAACGCGGCGCAGUGGCGACAGGCGCGGCAGGUGACUUCAGGAAGGUUGGUGAAUGUCUACUGCCGCACAGACUGGCUGCUCGCCUUUCUGUACCGAUGGAUGGAAUUCAGACUCCAGGUGGCGGGCCUAGCCCCCGUGACAUCUGUGCCGGGUGUCGAGAACGUCGACGUGACGGGUCUCGUCAAGAGCCACGCGCACUACCCCGAGAAGGUCCCGCAGAUUAUGUCCUUCAUCUCCAUCGAAAUGUAG